CCGCUCCGGGCUUGUCGGCCUCGGCACCAAUCCCACCAUGUUUGAGCGGCAGGUCACGGGCCUGCUUACACAGCUUCUGGGGAACUACGUCGAGCCGAGUUGCUUUCGACAUGACAAAGUUAAUGUUGGCGUGUGGAGUGGGUACGUCGUCCUGCAACACCUGGAGCUACAGCGGAAGAUCUACCCGUCGCUCGGUGUGGCGGUUGUCCGCGGCGUGCUAGGGCAAGUCACAAUCAAGAUACCAUGGAACCGCCUUGUGUACGACUCCGUGUUGGUGACGAUCGAUGAUGUGUAUAUCUUGUUGCGCAACGUGAAUCGCGAGGACAUGGUGCCGCCGACAGCGGAAAUGGAGCAGAUGCUGAAGAAGCAGCUCAUCGACGACUUGUAUCAACAGAAGCUCGAGACGGACAAAGGCGGUGGGUCCGUCGACGACAGUUUUCUCUUGCGCUUGCGUACAAAGAUUCUUGACAAUUUGGAAUUCCACAUCCGACGCAUCCACAUUCGGUUCCAGGAUGCCACGAGCGGCGACCAUCCCUUCACAUUUGGCCUCACGAUGGAAUCUUUGCACGCCCAAUCGACCGACUCAAACUGGCAACCCACGUAUGUCGAUUCGACAUCGUCCAAGGAGCCGAUGAUUUACAAAUCGUUCGAGUUGAACCACUUGAGCAUGUACCUGAACCCGGACUGCGCGCUCCAUGGCGACCCUUUCUUUGACGGGGCUACAUGCUCACUGGACACGUUUACCAAUGCAUUCUCGCGUUCCAUUCCCAUGCGGCUGGACAUGACACGGCCGCCGUCAACGCCCCAAUCCGGACGAGAUGACUCGUCCAGGCACCACUUCAUCUUGAAGCCCGUAAAUGCGUCCGCCCACUUCAAGACGAAACGUGACCCGACAAAGCAGGACUUCCAUUACCCCAACGUACCGACAAUGGAACUGCAGGUUCUGAUUGACGAAGUGGCCCUUCAGCUCGAAGAGUGUCAGUAUUGCGACAUGCUCUUCCUUCUGACUGCACUGAAGACGCCGCAGCAAGCGCAGCUGUACGAGCAGUACUUUCGCUUUCGACCGAUCGUGUCGGUGUUCCAAGCGCCGGCAGCGUGGUGGCGCUAUGCGAUUCAGUGCAUCCAAAGCGACGUCGCCAAGAAGCGAACUGCGUGGUCGUGGGUGUACAUGAAAGAGCGCCGCGACGACCGACUCGAGUACGUCAUGUUGUGGCAGCGCCUGCAGCUCGCAGCAAUGCCAGAGCAUUUCUUGGGCGAUGACCAAGCGCAAGCGAUUCAAGAGCAAGUGGACGCUAUUGAAGCGCGGCGGAGUGUAGAGGACGUGCUGCUGUUUCGGUAUCUGGCAGACCUCGAACUCAAGCAACUCCAUCCAGCGACCUCGACAUCCCCAACUGCAGCGGCUGCCCCCACAACGUUGUCGUCGUACUCGCUGUGGAACCUUGUCCGGUGGACUGGUCUGGACUACUCGUCGGUGAAAGAAGCCGAAUCAGGACAGGAAAUGGAGCGCCAGGAGCUGUACAGGAUCCUUGGGUAUGAUCCGAUGGAGAAAGCCGCCCCAACAACGUCCAACGAUUUUUCCGUCAUCUCGAUUCAACUGAACCAAGGCUCGAUUGCUCUCCUCAACGACCCUGAUACAAAGUACCUCCGCACGUCAAGCCAGUACAGUCGAAGCUACAACCCCCAGCCUUUCUUCAUGGCGAUGUUUGCCCAGGUGCACACAGAUAUCGUCCAACGAUCUGGCGCAAACAUGAAAAUGGAGCUGAGUUUGCAAACUGUGGAACUGUACGACGAAAGCAUGGACGGGUACUGCAUCAUGAAACGCCGCGUGCCCAUGUCGACGCUCAACGUCGAGAUCACGAUGGUGGCUCCGGUCUUCCGCAUGUCGUACGAAAACGGGCAAGAUCAACAGAUGCUCAAGUUGUUCAUGGAGCCUCUCGAGAUCAUUUACUCUCCGACGGCGAUGUGUUGGGCCCACCUGAGCACGUUCUCGACCGCGCCGGAAGCCCUUGGGUUGUGGGCAGAAAUGGAAAUGCAGGCGCUGAACGAGUUCGUCAACUUCAAGGCACGCACGGAGGCGAAGGUCGAGUACGCCAUGGCGCACCGGAUCCCCGUCCUUGUCGACGUUCGCAUUCAGGCGCCUGUGAUUAUCUUGCCGUCGUCCGAUGGUGACAUGCUCCAACAUGCCCGACUGAUCUUGGAUUUGGGCCACGUCCAUUUUCGCACGGAGCGACUGAGUAACUUGAACGUCAACAUGACGUCCACGACUUCUACAACCCAUGGUCAUCAACGGGCUGCUUCGGUUUUGUUGACGAACAGCACCAACUUUUCCAAGCAGCUCACCGACGAAGCCGAAACGGGUGAAGGCGCUACCCGGUGGAAAGAAGAGUUUUACGACAAGUUUACAUGCGCCAUGAGCAAUUUGCACGUAAUGCUGCUGCCGCCGGCAGUGCCCUACUCGCCUGAACUCUUGAUGCACUCGACAACUCCAUUCAGUUUGGUCGAUCCGUUCCACAUCAACGUCACCAUGCGAAAGUCCGUCCUCCCGCUCGAUGCUACGCUCUACCAACUCUACGUCCACGUCGACCUUCCUGCCCUGGCAUUUCACGUUUCCAUGGGGCAGUAUCACCACCUGUGCAAAGUUCUCGCCCGCUUCAAGCAUCAAGAAGCCUCCACGACGGUGUCGGCGGCCGUGUCAACAUCGGCGCUUCUCACACCGAGAUUUCCUCCGCAGGCGUCGCCUUGGAGCACUGACAACCACCGAAAUAGCGACGAAGAUGAAACCCAGAGCGUCAUGAGUGACGACACGUGGUUUAGUGUCGAGUACGGCAACGACGGCCAAGGAAGUCUUGACGAUGUCGAAGAUCGCUUGUCCCUGCCCACUGGGCUACUGGCACCGCCGCCACUCUCGUCUCAAUCAACCAUGAGCGAUGGAGGAUUGCCUCCGACAAUUCCAGUCGCGGUGCCAGCAGUGCCCUCGAUUGUUCCAGGCAAGUGCCGCCCGGAUCCGACGACUGUCGUCCCCUCUACCCGAAUCGUGAAAAAGAUCCUCGACCGCCGGGUGUGUGUGUGCACCGUGACAAUUCCAAUCGUCCAAAUUCACUUCCAAAAGGCCGAGGACGAGUCUGCCGGACGUGUCCUAUGCGUCUUGGAAGGCAUCAAAUUACGCUUUGCCAAGAGGACACUGUCCACAACAUUGCGGCUUCGUUUGGGCUCGUUGGCUGUAGACGAUCAUGCAAACAACGCACCGACGCACCACUUGCUAUUCUCUGUCACAACGCAACCAGUGUUGCCGUACACGUCGCUGCUGCCCAAGACAUCGCGUCGAGGGUCGCUGCGUCCGCGAAAAGCUUCGUCCCACAAUCGCAUGUUGCCGCCACUGCCAUCGUCGUCGUCGGGAGAGUCGAUGGAUCUUCUCGACAUCAACCUGACGAGCGAAGUGCACGAUCCCACGGAACUCGACAUCACGUUCGGCCACUUGCACGUUCAAUUCGACCAAUCUCGCAUCGCAGCAUUGGUGGCCCAUGUGCUUCCGUUGUUCCAACAAGUCGACGAUCCCAAAGAUGCCAUCCCACCCAUGAGUUUGAAUGACAUGCCGAUCGAUUUGAGCUCAAGUGGCGUUGUCCCAAGUGACGUCCCGACGAUGAGUCUCACCGAUUCGGUGCGGCUCGAUUUGGAAAAAGCACGCCAUGCUCUCUUUCAUCAAGCCAAGAAGGACGACGAAGCGUCGUCGGGCCGCAACAACGUGUACAAAAUAAAGGUCCACAUGCGAUCGCUGUCGAUAUGUUUUAGCAAUCACAUGGAUCCGUUGAUGUCGGUGGCUCUGCUGCAUGCACGUCUGGACGUGGCGCUUACGCAAGGAUCGAUGGCAGCUACAGGAAGCGUCGGCAACAUUCAAGUGAUUGAUCUGGUGUCGUCGGAUCAACUGCACAUGAAACGAAAGGACAAGCGGUUCUUAUUUCAAGAGGUAUUGGGGUUGGCGUCGCCGUUGGUCGAUGCAUCGCCGCUUGCCACCGCAACGCUGUCCCAAUCGUCGGACAAAGGACACAUCAAACUGCACGUCGAGCAAGUUCGCUGUAUCGUUUCCACGAGGUUCUUGCUCAAGUUGUUACACUAUAUCUGCGAAGGGCCAUUGAUGGAUGCGUUGUCGUGUCCGCAAUUGCCUCGCCAUCCUGCACCGUUUGCCCUGUCCCAUCACUUGGACGCGUAUCAUCACCACAUUCCUACUACGCCUGGGACCGCCGCACGCGACGUGUUCUUUUCUCCUGUGUUUACUUUUGACACGGUGCCCCACCACCCGCCUCGCCCCCUCGUGCUGCACGACCCCUUGCCACCCCCAAUGUCCACGAGCAAGUGGACGAUUGCCGUUGACAUGCACGAUCCACUCAUUGUGAUGCCACUCCACAAGUCGGCCAAGCACCCGUCAUUGGAGCUAACGCACGGCAUCGUUCUCCAACUGGGAUUGAUUCGUGCGUUGUGGUCACCGUCCAAAACAACACUGGAAACGAAAAACUUGGUGCUGCGGUCGAUGCACGACGAUUUUGAGUUUCUCCGGCCGAUGAACAUUGACUUUGAACUGAACCAACCUCGUCGUGUGCGGGUGCACUUGUCGCACACGCAUGUACAGGUGAGCGAAGUGCACACUGCGAUGCUGGUCGAGUUGUACUUUCAAGCGUUCUUGCCGUUGUCGUUGUACCACCAAGCUCCGAACACGCCGUCGUUGCAUCAUCAGCACCACCACAUCGUUGCGAAUUCGUCGGAAAAUGUACCGUGGCACUUGGAAAUGUCGUGUGAUGCGCUCGCGUUUUCCAUUUUCACCGUUCGCACCGACCAUGGAGACACCGUCGUGCAAGGGAACGGCGAACACGACGAGUUCGAUCCAUCCCACGGGCUCGUCUUCGACAUGUUUGCGAUUCAUCCACACGGCACAAUUCCUGUGGCGACGUUGGCGGUGGGGGGAAUCCAAGGGACGGUCAAUUGCGAGUCCAGCCAGAGGUCCAUGGACUUGUCAUUUGCACACGUAACGCUUCAAGACACAGUCGUGAGUCCAGGCUGCACGUUUCAGUACCGCCACACGGUUGCCAAACACGUCCACUCGUGGUGGGUAGAUGCCAAAGCAAUUCGGUUGGUGGUCGAGCCAUUGUUCGUUGAGCGAGUGGUGGUGGUCGGGCUCGAAACCAUGACAAACGUCGAGCACUCGCUGAUGCGCCAUCAGAACCAACUGUCCAUGUCCGAACUGGCGUCGUCCGUGUACGACGACGCAGAAUCCGAGUAUCAAUGGACGGAGCGUGGUCGGAGCAACAGCAUUGCGUCCAGCAUUCAUGGACACAAUGCCAUUGCCCCUGCGACUACACCACAAGCCGCCUGGCAUUUUGACGUUGGAUGCAAGCUGGUGGAAAUCGAAUUGGAGUCGCUAGUCCUGGCGGGUCAAGUGGCGUGUAAACAAGACCCGUCGCAACUGUUUGUCCGUCUGCAGAAUGUCCUGGUGAAGACCAAGGCUGACGACAACGUGUCGUCCAACCUCCUCCACCCGUUGGAGAUUACGCUGCGAUAUCAGCCGACUUUCCCGGUCGACGCGGCGCUUCAGCAAACCCUGAGCCCGUUCCACACCCACAAACCCGACACUCUCUUGUACACGUCGCUCCAGUGCAGCCCCGUGUUCGUGAGCGUGCAUUUGCAAGAUAUCCAAACGAUCACGAACUCAAUUUCGACGGUGACGACGCUCGCGGCAACCAUGGAUGGCCUCCUCCAGAAGCUACGACCGGUGGCCACCGACGUGUUUCAUCACGCGUCUACUUCCGGCGAUACCGACACGGACAGUCUCCAAUACUCGUUGAUACGCCAGUUGUCCGAGGACGGAGGACCUUGCCACGGUGUUGAUGGACGUGCUAGCCACGCCCCAUCGACUCUAUUGUGGCGCCACGUGUGCUUGGAUCUGCAGUCCAUUCAAGUCAGCGUCGUAGGGAAUGCAGCAUCGAUGCUUCGUCUGAACAUUGAACCAAGCGAAUUUGAGUGGAUCGACACACAGCACGUCAAGUCGUUCGGGUGGAAGUGGAAUGUGCACGCGUCGUACUUGAACAACCGCCUGUUGAACAUGGAGCCGUUGGUGGAACCCAUGACGAUGCACAUCAAAGUAUGGCAGGUCGUGGGCGCGACGCCGCUGCAAGUCGAAGUGAAGAGUGCGGACGAAGUGAAAUUCAAUUGGACGCACGCGUUGCUAGAAACGGUGCGGCUCUUGACGCGCAUGACGAUGGACAAGGACCUCGCGUCAUGUGUCGUCAAGAACGAAACGGGUGUAUUUUUCCAGGUGUGGACAGCGGCCGGACCGACGGAUGUAGCACCCGGACAAGAACUGCCGCUCCAGCCGUCGACAACCGUCCACAUUCGAUUCCCCGAAUACAAGCAACUAGAAAUUCCAACGUCCGAGCUUGGCACGCGCACGUAUCGCCUGUCAUCGACCACGCUUGGACCUAGCACCGUCGACUGCGUGAUCGACAUCCAUGUCCAGCAUGGUUGCAAGAUGAUUGUUGUCCAAAGCACGUGGCUGUUUGACAACAAAACGGCGACUCGGUUGCAAGUGCAGUUGAUUUUUCCCACGGGUGGCAUCAUGCCUCGACCGCCUUUUAGCUGCAGCCUCGAUCCGCACCAGUCGCUGGCUGUUCCAAUGUCGCUCGUGUCGUUCCGCGGCACCCAAGUGUACGUGAAACCAGACGGAGUCCACGCGUGGACGCUUGUGGACGCUCCCGUCGUAAGUUGCGGCGACGGUGGGUUUGUCCUGUACGCGACAUGGUCAGCAGAAAACGAAUCGAACCGCCGCGUGCUUUCGUUCUGUGCUCCUCUUGUGCUACACAAUGCGUUGCCGACCCCGAUGGAAUAUCGCCUGACGUCCGCGCCAGGUCGAUAUGAAUCGGGCAAGCUUGGCAUUGGGGAAAAGUGUGUGUAUCAUGGCAGCCAACACGACUCGCUGACACUCAACAUCCGCACCAAGGGGUUUUCGUGGAGCCAGUCGACGGAAUUGGUGGCAGGGACGAUUGCCAUGAUCGAUCCCAUGAACCAUAGUGUGUUGCUCGUGACAAUCGACGUUGAAUCGUCCAAGUCGUCGCAGUGGGAAGUCACUGUGUUUGUCCCGUACUGGGUCCUGAAUCAAACGGGACUCGAGCUCGAAUACCAGCACGAACUUGCGUUUCUGGGCCCCGAACACAUCAAUCCGUUUGCCGCUGGCCAAGCGAUGCCAAAGGGCCAAGACGUUGCGACGUUGCCUUUAGACACGGAAUUGGUGGUGCCCCAACCUGCCGUGAAACGAAAGCAUCAAUUGCUCCCGUCGAUUCCGCCAAAUCGAGGCCUCGUCGACUUGAUUCCGAAAAAAGUGUCGAUUGCGUCGACAGCGUCGCCACUUCUCGCCGUGUGCCAUACCCACCAACGCCAUGGGAUUUUGAAAUUGCAACUGCGACUCCAAGGCAAAGGCGCUGCAUGGUCCAACGUGAUAUCGUGUCACAUUAGUGGCGCCACCGGGGAGUGUACAAUUCGAGAUAACGGAAGGGUGUACGUGGUCGGGUUUGUCUUGGAGCACGGGCAAGGCUGGUACGAUCGCACCCAAGUACUCACGUUGGUUCCUCGCUUCCUCUUGAUCAAUGCGCUGGACGACCGGUCGUUGGACAUUCUCAUGGACGAAAGCACGGCAACGUCGGCGACGCUUGACCAAAAUGCGCAAUUGCCGUGGCAUUUCACCCAAGCCCACCACCGCAACGCGAUUCGGAUUCGGUUUGCCCAACCAGGAUGGGUGUGGAGCGGCGCGCUCAACUUGCAAACGACGGGAGAUCAAACGCUGAGGCUGCGCAAUACAGUCGACCGCACGACGUACUUGAUUCGCGUCUCCAUCAAGCUCGAAGGACCGCAAUACCGCAUUGUGUUUCGCAGCUCGACGAACGUGCCUCCAUACCGCAUCGAGAACUUUUCACUGGAAACGAUCCGCAUCCACCAGUCUCGCGUGCGCACUUCCGACAUCCUGCUCCCCCAUCAAACUUGCGACUACACAUGGGACGAACCUCUAAAGCCGCACCUCGUCGUCGUGGACAUGCUUCCAUCGCAAGCCGACGAUAACAGUCGACCGAUCCGUAUCGGGGUGUUUUCCAUGGACGAUAUCGCGCAGUUCCCCACCAAGUCGCUUGCGGUCGAAGUUCGCGCGGAUGGGCCGACUCGUGUCCUGCGGUUGACCGACAUGACGCCAUUCCCAAAACCGCACGUCGCGAAGAAAGAACCGACAGGAUGGCAGCAGUACCUCAUGAAUCCAGUCGUGGAAUUCCAGCUCAAACUCCACAGCAUCAGCGUAUCACUGGUCGACAGCAAACCAAGCGAGCUGGUGUACGUGUCGUGGAGCACCGUCGGGUUCCAAGCAGCAUGGACACAACACAUGGCGCAGCUAGCGCUGCACGUGACUGUCCACUCGAUGCAAAUCGACAACCAAGUCCGGACGACUCGAUACCCGGUCUUGCUGAACUUUACCGAGUCCCCGGCCAUGGACGCCACGAUUGUUCGAGAAACCACCUACACGAGCAUCGAAUUCCUUCGUUACGUCAACGUGAAGCUGCAGCCCAUGCGAUGGCGCAUCGACGGCACGCUGAUCCAUGAACUCGCCACGAUGUUUGUGAGUCCCGAAGACGUCCGUCAUGACACUGCUCCGACGCGCGAGGACCGCGUCCGAGAUUUUGACGCGUCGACGGUGGGCGUGUUGGGAGCGCCACCAGAAACCACCAUGUCCAAGAAAUUGUACUUUGAAAAGUUCGAGCUGGCGCCGAUCCAAGCCACGUUAAGUUUUGCAACGAGCAGCGCGCCGACGACAAGUCGAGUUGUGCAAGUCGCUGGCGUCCGUCAGAUUCUCCAAGCUGCGGGAAAGACCCUGACGAAGAUUCAUAACGCACCACUGCACUGGCGCGCCCUGCGAUGGCAGCACAUGUUUGUUCCGCGCGAAACCAUGUUGAACCAAAUGAGUCUGCACUACCAGCACGAAGCGUACCGGCAAGCCUACGUACUACUCGGAUCCGUGGAUGUCCUCGGCAACCCCGUCAAAGUGUGGCAAAACUUGCGUGGUGGGCUCGCGUCGUUUGUAUGGGAGCCCGUGCGUGGUUGGCAAGAGAGUCCUCAAGCGUUUGGGUUCGGCUUGAUCAAGGGCACGUCGUUGCUCUUCCGGGCCUUUGUGUACGCUGUCUUGGACUUCAACACGCGAAUUGCGAGCAGCAUGUUGCUGGGGUUAUCGGACGCGUGCCAGCGUAUCGAUACGUACACGGGUUAUCCAGUCGCCAAGACUUUAUAUCAAGACAUUGCCCAAGGCGCGUCUGGUGUCGUGGUGAGCCCCAUGUACGCGUACGACUUGCAAGGAUGGAGCGGCAUUGUGCCUGGUGUGUUGGCUGGGAUGCUUGGCCUCGUGUUGAAGCCGCUGCGUGGGUUCACUCAAGCCUUUGUCACAACCACGACGACAUUGAGGGAUGGCAUCCAGCACGACACUCAGUCCUACGUCAUGCGCAUGCGACCUCCACGCUACAUUGACCCGCGCACGCACUUGCUCACGUCGUACUCCUACGUGCACGCGUCUGGCGAAGACAUCAAGUAUGGCAUCGUCCAGGCCCGCCAUGAAGAUUACGUUGGCCACGUGAUGUCUGCCAAGCGCCAUGAGUGCUUGCUCGUGACCAAGCAUCGCGUGCUGAGUUUGCAAGUUCACCUGCACCCCCAUCACGCUGUCACGUACACAAUAUCGUGGGAGGUGUUGAGCGAUGACUUGAUUGUCGUCGCCUAUGCCAGUCCCGACACGAUCGUGCUAUACCACAAACCACGCGAUGUUGGCGACCUCGCCGUCCCGACCCAAGUGAUCGAACUGCCUCCGACCCAAGCGCUGUCGGUGUACUACAUGCUCCAGCAAAUGACGGCGACGAUCUUGAACCAGUCCGGCUGCUCGCAGCUGAACGUGCACUUUGUCGACAAGUGCCGAGGAGCAGGCUGCAGCAUGUAAUGCAUUCGCCGGGUAUAUAAAAUGAGAGAGGCUAGGGCGACAUGCGAUUUGGCCGAGUAUUUAAUUUUAGAGGAUCCAAGAUCGCAUGACAAUGGGC